AUGGAUAAGGACGGCGUGAAGACCCCCUUGUGGAAGAAGGAGCCGGAGGAGCCGGGGGUCCGGGAGGAGGAGGCGGAGGAGGAGGGGUCGGAGGAGGAAGACGAGGGGAGGCAGCCGCCGGAGAGCGCGGCCGCGGGCGAGGCGGAGCGCCGGGAGGCGGAGGACGCCGAGGGCCGCGGGGGCAGCGUGGCCUACAGCCCGCUGCGCCAGGAGCCCAGCGCCCAGCAGGUGGCGCUGCUGCGGCGCGCGGACAGCGGCUUCUGGGGCUGGCUCCUGCCCUUGGCCUUGCUCCGCGGCCCCGCGGCCCCGGCGGACAGGAGGCGGAACCUCCCGGAGGAGCCGUGCGUGCUGCAGACCCAGGGGCAGCCACCGAGCGGCGGGGGUUGCGAGCUCUGCGAGAUCCUCUUUUGCAAGAAAUGCAGGACCCUGCACAGCAACCCGGCCUACGUGGCGCACUGCAUUCUGGAGCACCCGGAUCUGGGUGAGGCGCGGGCUGCGGGCGGGGCGGGGGUCGCCGGGGGCCCCCGGAGCGCCCCCACUUAA